GGAGGAAGAGGGAAACAGGAGGAUUGACGGCUCUCGUGUUGCAGCGGGUGGUGUGAAGUCCUAACUCUUCCUGUCCAGCAUGGCGGUGUUAGUGUGGUUCACUGGGGUGUGCUUGCUCGCUCUGGCUCACGUUGCCCCCUCUGGUCAAGCGAUGUCUCGGGCCGCCAUGCCGUUCGGGCUGCUGCGCAGGGAGCUGGCGUGCGAAGGUUACCCCAUAGAGCUGCGCUGCCCAGGAAGUGAUGUGGUCAUGGUGGAGACCGCCAACUACGGACGCACCGACGACAAGAUCUGUGAUGCAGACCCCUCUCAGAUGGAGAACACGCAGUGUUACCUCCCUGACGCGCUUAAGAUAAUGUCCCAGAGAUGCAACAACCGGACUCAGUGUGUGGUGGUCGCGGGGGUCGAUGUCUUCCCAGACCCCUGCCCUGGAACAUACAAGUACCUGGAGAUCCAGUAUGAAUGUGUCCCUUACAAAGUGGACCAAAAAGUUUUCGUGUGUCCCGGCUCACUGCUCAGCAUCCAGCCAGCCUCCUCGUCCCUGGAGGCAGAGCAUCAGUCGGGGGCCUGGUGUAAAGACCCCUUACAAGCCGGUGACAGGCUUUAUGUCAUGCCGUGGACGCCGUAUAGAACAGAGGUCCUGUACGAGUACGCCUCGUGGGAUGACCUUCGACAAAACAGAAUCACCACGACUUAUAAAUUGCCGAGCCGUGUGGAUGGGACUGGGUUUGUCGUUUACGAUGGUGCUGUAUUUUACAACAAAGAGCGAACACGCAACCUGGUCAAGUAUGACCUGCGCACACGCAUCAAGAGCGGCGAGGCAGUGGUAGUCAAUGCUAACUACCACGACACCUCCCCAUACCGCUGGGGAGGGAAAUCAGACAUCGAUCUGGCUGUGGACGAGAACGGACUUUGGGUUAUUUACUCUACUGAAGCCAAUAAUGGACGCAUUGUGGUCAGCCAGGUGAACCCCUACACCCUGCGUUUUGAGGGAACGUGGGCCACUGGCUUUGACAAACGUGGGGCAAGCAAUGCUUUCAUGGCCUGUGGAGUGCUCUACGCCGUGCGUUCCGUCUUCCAGGAUGAUGAGGGUCAGGCGGAAAGCCGAGCCAGCAGCAACAUGGUGGUGUACGCCUACGACACCAGCCGGGGCCAGGAGCUGCCUGUUCAAAUACCAUUCCCCAACCCAUACCAGUACAUCUCCUCUGUAGACUACAACCCCAGAGAUAACCAGUUGUAUGUGUGGAAUAACUACUACAUGCUGAGAUACCCUCUACAGUUUACACCACCACCACCAACCAAAGGCCCCCUCUCCUCACUGAUGACCACCGUUCGGUCCUACACAGCCACGGUUGCUUUGACACCAGUGCGGCCAUCUGCUUCCCAUCCGAUUGGUGUCAUCAACAGGGGCCCCUUUGACCAGCGACCAAUCACAGCUAUGAUUCCUCUGACCCCACGCCCACCUUUACGAGUCCCUUUGGCCCCUGGCGGGCCCGGUCAAGUAGGAGGAUGUGAGGGCCGGGUGGCACGAGGUGUUCAGUGGCCCCCAACCUUGAAGGGAGAGACAGUAGAGAGGCCGUGCCCGAAAGGGUCUCUGGGUAUUGCCUCCUAUCAAUGCAUGCCAUCUCCAGUGGCGUGGAACUCCAGAGGGCCUGACCUUUCCAACUGCACCUCUCCCUGGGUCAGCCAGAUUGCACAGAGGAUUAAGAGUGGAGAGAAUGCAGCCAACAUUGUUGGGGACCUCGUCAAUCUAACCCGGGGACAGAUCUAUGCUGGUGACGUCAGCAUGUCCGUCAGGCUAAUCGAACAGCUGCUGGAUAUAUUGGACUCUCAGCUCCAGGUUCUAAGACCAGCUGUUAAAGAGUCGGCGGCACGCAAUUACAACAAGCUGCAGAAAAGAGAACGCACAUGUAAAUUUUUUGUUCAGUCGGUUGUGCAGACAGUUGAUAACCUGCUGGGUCCUGAAGCUCUGGUGGCCUGGGCCGAUCUGAGCGGCACCGAGCAGUCUCGCUCUGCAUCGCUGCUCUUAGACGCAGUUGAGAAAGGAGCGUUUCUGUUGGCUAACAAUCUCUACGAAAGCCGUUUCAGUUACCGAGCACCAAAUGUUGAUCUGGAGGUGUAUGUACUGAAUACAGAGGCGGUUAUACAGGAUUUGACGUUCCCUCACUCCUAUGACAGCGACAGCAUCCUGCAGAUAUCGGCUCUGGCUCUGCAACAGUACAGCAACAACGGUCAGGUGAAUCUGGUCCUUUCCCUCUAUAAAAACUUGGGUUCCUUCCUGACCACGCAGAACUCAACGCUCCGGCUGGGAAUGGGACUGAGUCAGAACCAGGGCCAAGGUCAAGACGCCAGGCGAAGGAACCUCGUGGUCAACUCGCACGUCAUCUCAGCUUCUGUGCACAAAGGAACCAACAGGGUGUACCUGACAGAGCCGGUGAUCUUCACCCUCAGGCACCUUCAGCUGGAGAAUCAUUUUGGGCCUAAUUGCUCUUUCUGGAACUCAUCGGGAGCUUCUGGCAAUGGCAGGUGGUCCACACAGGGCUGCCGCCUGCUACACACUAACAACACACACACAACCUGCGCCUGCAACCACCUGUCCAGCUUCGCUGUCCUCAUGACAUAUCAGCAACCAGUGUUCAGGGCCGGUGUAGAGGAGCUUCUGGUCUUUGUGGUUUAUUGGGUGGGUAUCUCUGUGGCCCUCGUGUGUUUGGCAACCUGCCUCAUCACCCUCUGCUGCCAGGGGGCGCCCUGGCACUCAGAUCACAGCACCAUCCACUCCAACCUGUGGACCAAUCUGCUCAUCACUGAACUUCUCUUCCUCAUCGGUGCCAACAAGACCAAAUACACCGUCGUGUGCUCCAUCACUGCUGGCCUGCUGCACUUUUCAUUGCUCUCGGUGUUUUGCUGGUUGUGUCUGGAGGCCGUUGAACUGUACCUGCUGCAGAGGGAGGUAUUUGAGGGACGUAACUCCAGGAGGAAGUAUUUCUACCUCUGUGGAUACUCUGUUCCUGGGCUGGUGGUGGCUGUGUCGGCAGCUAUUGAUUUCAGAGGAUACGGCUCAAAAACUGCGUGUUGGCUGCGUGCAGAUAAUUACUUCAUCUGGAGUUUUCUCGGACCUGUAGCUGUUAUUAUUACACUAAAUCUGGUUGUCUUGGUGAUGACUUUACAUAAGAUGCACAGCACCGCUGCACUGAAGCCAGACUCCAGUCGUCAUGACAACCUGAGGGCAUGGACAGUGGGCUCCCUGACUCUCCUCUUCCUGCUGAGCGUCACAUGGUCCUCAGGCCUGAUGUUCCUGUCUGGCCCGUCUCUCCUCCUGGCUUACCUCUUCUCCUCCCUCAACACCGCCCAGGCCCUCCUCAUCACUAUCCUGCACUGCACACUCGCCAGAAAAGGUCAGAAGGAUAACGGACGAUGCCUGCGUCUCUCCCAGUGCUGCGCAACAUCCUCGUCCAGCUCUCCAGACUCGGUGAAAGGUGCCGCCCUUCGCUCCAACAGCCGCUACACCAGCAGCCAAAGUCGCAGAGCCACUGCUAACAGACAGAGUCGCAUUAGAAGGAUGUGGAACGACACCGUUCGCAGACAGACGGAGUCUUCUUUCAUCGCUGCGGACGCUAACAACACUCCUACUCUCAACCGAGCUGCUUUGGGGAAUCAUUUCCUUACAAACCAAAUGUUGCAGACUCACACUGGAGCUUCGCCUUAUGACACCAUCCUGGCGCAGGGAUACAAUCAGCCUUUCACGUCCACAGGAACCUUCAGAAACAAACAGAAGGGUGGUGUAUCUCAGAGUCAGGAGUCAUGUGGGUUGGACAGUGUAUGUCUGAAUGGAGGCUACACACCCAACACCUUCACCCUGCAUGGCUUAGGAACAACACCAGGAUCCCGAGCUGGAGUGGUGGGCAGCACCGACCUUCUGAGGGACGGCGGAGUUGGGAUGGGAGGGGAUGACAUCUCCCCUAGCCUCCUCACACCACAUGGGUCAACGGAUAUGAGCGGCGGAACCGGAAUGCGUCGCAAUUUGUCUGAUGCAGCAGCGCUGGAGAAGAUGAUCAUUUCAGAGCUGGUGCAGAGCAACCUGAGGCCCUCGGUUGCCAUGCCUGUUCCUCCUGAGCGAUACGGGAGCUUGGCGAGGCCACACCUUCACGAGAGGCCGGCUCUUGCUCACACUGCCACCUUAACUCGACAUGCUCAGCCACCGCAAGAGGGCUGGGCUGCCACCGUGCAGCCAAACACACGGCACAAUGCACAGGAGGGCUGGGUGCACACACGGCAGCCCACUCAAGACGUUGAGACAAACUCCACAACAUGUGGUGAGGAACGCUUACAGGAUGGCUGGUCACACACGCGUGUUUCUGGAGAUUGUGACAGUCGAGAGCUGCUAAAAGAUGGAGACCGGUCACAGCUGCAAGGCACUCUGGGUCGCCGGGGGCAUCAGGACAGGCAGCAACCACGUCCUCCCGAUGUCCAGGCUCGGCCAUACUCCACCCUCAGCCGCACCCCUGGUACUCUGUCUCGCCACCGCAGCACAACAGAGUCCAGUGGAGGGACAGAAAGAGAACGAGACCGGGAACGAGACAGAGAUCGUUAUCGGGACAGGCCCCUUCCACCACCUCCUCCUCCUCCCCCACAGGAAUCAGAGCCCCUGUACAAAGCUUUGGAAGAGCCGCUGCUCUUGAAACAGAGAGAAGCUGUUGUAGAGGCAUGGAGAAGUGGCCAGGACCGAGAAAAGGAUGAGACAUUUCUGCUGAAAAGAGAAGGAACGUAUGAUGUAUGGAGAGGAGGGACCGAAAGAGGAAGAGAUGAAUCUUUUACCUCUCAGAAGAGAGAUGGCACUUUGGAUGAAUGGAGAGUCGGCAUUGAGAGGGGGAGAGAGGAAAAGAGAGAUGGACGAAUGGAGGUGUGGCGAGGAGCGGAAACAGAGCAGGAUGAAACAUUCAUAACUCAGAAGAAAGACUUUGGUAUGGAUGGUUGGAGAGGUGACUUUGAGAGGCAGAAAGAGGAAGCCUUGUUCUUGAAGGACAGAGAUGGUUGGAGAGCAGGGAUUGAGCGAGAGACUGAGAAACAGAAGGACAGAGCACUGGACGUGUGGAGAGGAGGAAUAGAUUUGGACCGGGAGGAGUGUUUCUCGUUUGAGAACAAAGAUAAUGGUCUAGAUGGGAGGAAAAGAGGGAUAGAUCGAGGGUCUCUUCGGUAUCAUGGUGAACGACAAGAUUCUGAUGGCUUCACUCUGCCUUUGACACCUGAUCUUGACCUGGACCCUGACUCCUCACCCAUCUAUGCCCGAGAUUCCAACCCCUCCCCACUUUAUCCUGGAGACCGACACUCGCCGCCACUUAACAUUUUCCCUCGAAACUCACCCCCGACAAAUAUCUUUGCCCCACGAGAGAAUAACUCACCUCCCAGCAACCUCUUUUCCCGCCACUCCCCACAGGUGUACAGCCGCAGCAGCUCUCCUCCUCGUUUCUACACCCGUACCUCACCCCCAACUCACUUAUACCCAGACAGCAGCCCUGAAGGCCCAGAUGAAAUUAGUCCCACUGAUGGUCAGUCACAGAGGUCUGGUCUGGAACUGCCCUACAGCCUGGGGCGACCCCCGCUUGGCCCGCGGCCCAAUCACUUGCAGACCUUCUAUCAGCCACCACCACUGGCUACCAAUGGAGAGACAGGGUACUCUGCAGAGCCCACUUCUGAUGGAGACGAUGAACAGAUGCAACGGGUGACGAGCCUGUGACUAGGGCGGUGGUGAUUGGGGCAUAGACACCAGGGAGGAAGAGAAGGAUGGUGAUAUUUUCAACAAAAUUUUGAAAUCAUAAAUGAUGGAAACUAAGAUUAAGCUUAAAAAAAUGCUAAUAAUGUUGGAAUUCUUCUACUCCUCCUUGCUUCUAUUUCCUGAUCACCACGAGACUUUUCCCUUUUCCAUGUUUCUUUACUUUUGUAUGACUGUAAUCCAUUUUUUUGCUCCCACUACUCUUCUGUCUUUCCUGAAACCCUAUUGUGUCUUCCCAUCUCAUUGGUGCUUUUAAUUACUGGUCCAUCAUCUAAGUUUCUGUUGCUUCAUUGGCUGGGCAUUGCCCCUCUCUGUAGCAAACAGUGUCAAAGAAGCACUUGUGUCUUGCCAAAAAACCCUCUCAAAGAACAUGUGCAUGACUUUAUCGUGGCUUUGCAAGGCUACAUACUGUAGGAGGAAUGGCUGAUGCGUACAAGCGAAUAUAUGCGUGUGUCAUUGCUUGAUGAGCAUGUGGGUGUGUGUAAGGGUGUGUAUAUGUGUGUAUGAGAGAGAAAGUAUAUGUAUAUAAAACAUUAUUGUAUAAUUAAUGUAUCACACUGAAGCAUUUUAUCAAUAUGGACAUGGAGGAGCGCUUUCCUGCUUCUGAUUUUAACUCUGGACCUGUCCUAUUUCACAUCAAGACCAAAACUUCUGUCCCUUCAGUCCACCACUAACUGUUGGAACUUGUUGCCAUGGAGUUUGUCAUAGCAACGAAACACUUGACUGCAGAGCCAGAGAUCAUGUAAAACCUCAGAACUUUUCUGCAACCCCUUCAGAUCCUUGUACAUAUCCACCUCAAGUGUUCUGAUUGUCUUGUAUUGCUAUUGAAGUUCAAGUAAACAUGUGAAAUAAAUGUUUCUGUUUUUCUA